GAGGCCAAUCUCCCGCGCGCCGCAGCAAAGGACCGCCACAGACCUCAUAGCUCGCCUGGAGCGCUGUGGAGUCGCAUCACUCGCUCGUGUGAGCCAGCAGCGCCAAAAGAGCGCCGCGCGCAGCACCUAGACGGCCGCGCGCCCAGCCGGCGGGAACAGCCUGCCGCGCGCGCAAGCCACGGGACCAAGCCAGCGGUCCCGCCAGCUGCCGCGCAACACCGCCGCGUCGCACUGACAGCGCCGCCAGCGCCGCGCCGCGCCGCAAAUUCAAAUGGCGACGCUCUCCAUAAAGACGAUCAAGAUCAGCGGCUUCCGGUCCUUCCGCCAGCAGGAUUGCAUCGAGCCCUUCGCGAGUGGCCACAACGCCCUGGUCGGAAGGAACGGCGCGGGCAAGUCCAAUUUCUUCGACGCGGUCCAGUUUUGUCUGUUAGCCCCUAGAUUCUACAACCUGAGGCAGGAAGAGCGUCAACGACUACUACAUGAGGGUUCAGGAGCCACGGCGACGUCGGCCUACGUCGAGAUCACCUUCGACAACUCGUCCGGUAGGGUCCCGAUCGAGGGCGACGACGUGACGCUCAGGAGAGCCAUCGGCGCGAAGAAGGAUGAAUUUUUUGUCCAGCGGCGACGCGUCACGAAGCGAGAAGUGGAAGGGCUGCUCGAGAACGCCGGAUUUAGUAGGGCGAACCCCUACUACAUCGUGCAGCAGGGUAAAGUGUCAGCUUUGUGCGUCGCGCGGGACGAAGAUAGGUUAGCUCUGCUGAAGGAGGUGGGCGGUGCGGGCGUCUACGAGACGAAGCGGGCCGAAGCGGCGAAGACGCUCGACGAAACGAGUGCGAAGCGGGAGUCGAUCAAAGGUGUUCUCCAGGCCAUCGACUCGAGGUUACAAGAGCUCGAGGGCGAAAAAGAGGAACUGCAGCGCUACGAGCGGCUCGAUCGAGAACAUAGGGCGUUGCAGUACGCGUUGCAUGACGGCGAGCUCCAACGAGCUCGUACGGCCCUGGAAGCGCUUGAUGGAGAGAGAGACCAGCACGCGGACCGGGCCGAUGAUGCCCACGCGGACCUGGCCGAGGCCGAUCGAAUCGUCGAUAGUGCGCAGAAGGCCCAGGACCGAGCUCUAGCGGAUGCGGAGUCGAAAGAGUCAGAUGCGGCACGAGCGCGAGAUCAACUGUCAAUAUCUUUAGCAAGAAAGGCCGAGGCCCAGGCGCGGCGAGACGGUCUGCAAGCGCGCGUUUCUAGGGAUGCGACGUGGAAGGAUAGAGCUGUCAGAGCCCUUUCACAGGCUACGGAGGCGUGCACCGAGUCGCGACGCGAGAUGAGUGACAAGGAGACCCAACGUAGAAAGUUGAAAGAUAAAGAUUUGGAGGCCGUUCAUGCGCUGCAGCGGGCGGAGGCGCGCCACCGGGAGCUCGAAAGGGGCGAGACCUUCUCUUCCAAACGAGAACGCGAUAACGCGUUGGGGCCUCGCUUGGAGGAGUUGCGCGAGGCCCAGUCGCGGGCGGACGCUACUGCAUUGAGAGCUCAAGAGACGUUGAGGGAGGCGUCUUCUCGUUUAUCUAAACUCAAGGAGGACGUCGCAACGACCCAUAGGAAAGCAUCACAAAGUCAACAGGCCGCAGAAAAGGCGGCCCAGCAGCGCGACGCCAAGGCGGAGGACGUGCCGUCCCUCGAACGAGCCGCCGCCGAAUCCAAGAGAGAAGCCAUGCGCUUCCGGACGAAGGAGCAGGAGUGUGAGCGAGAGGUGAAGGACGCCCAACUCGAGUUGACGAGUUUGGCACCUAGAGCCGUGCAGCGAGGCCUGCGAGCGCUGGACGAGUUGCUUGCCAACGACUUGAAACACCUCAAGGCGAAGGUGCGAGGGCCGUUGGUGGAACACAUUCGUCUCGCGGCGCCGAAGUACCUCGAAGCUGUUGAGAGUGCGGCCGGUCCUCGCUUGUGGCAGGUCGUUGUAGAUGACGACGCGACGGCGGCGGAGCUCGUGCGAGCUUUGGAGCAGGACUCUACCAGAGGCAGACUGACUUUUAUGCCCCUCAACCGGUUGAGGGUGCCUUCGCCAGUCCAGGUGCCCGACGACGCGCUCGGGGACGUCGUAUCGUUAAGACAGUCGGCCUUCGACACGUCAAGAACGUCAAGCGUGGAUCCCGCCCUCGACUUGGUCUUUGGAAGACACUUAUUAGCUAGAGAUCUAGACUGCGCCGCGCGGCGGUCUCGGCAGUUAGACGCCGAUGCGGUCACGCUUGAGGGCGACGAGGCGUUUCGCAAAGGAGCUAUCAGAGGUGGUGGUCGCGAUCGGGCUUCGGCACUCCGAGCUUGUUUGUUGAGGAAGCGGGCGCAGUCUCAACUCCAACAGGCUUCACAGGAGCGGGAACAGGCCCAAAAACGCUUCGAUGCUGCUCAGAAGGCCGCGUCGACCGCGAUCAAGAGCAGGGACGACGCCGAGCGGGCGCGGGCGCAUCAUGUCGCGGCGUCGCAAGCGCUGAUCCGCGACCACGACGCUUUGCAUUCCAGAUGCGUCGAGCUCGAGUCGAAAGUGGCGAGAGACCUGCCCGAUCGCUCUGCCAACGCUUUAGCUGCCGCCAGUGCUCUCAAAGAGGACGCCGACGCCGUGGAAGCUAGAUUGAAGGCGCCGUUCAAGGCGUCGCGGACGCUAGAUGCGGAUCGACGCGAGUUAGACGAGCUGAAGGUAGGUGGUUCUCGCAGAGUCGCGCUCGAGAAUGCGAGGAAUGAAUCGUCACAAGCGCUGCAAGCUGUGGACGAGUCGCUCCGAGAGCUGCGAGCCACCUUCGAAAAUAAAUUAAGGAAGCGGCGCGACGCUCUCAGAAGCGCUCUGGGACUCGUCGCGUUGGUCGGGGACCAAGAUUCGGCGGAGGGCGACCCUAUCGUCGAAGAUGCGAUGGAUACUGAUGAGGAUUUUACCGAUGUCGAGCCGGUCAGUGCGCACGAGGCCUCCGAGCGACGGGCCGAAUUGGCCAAGGCGGCGUCUUCACUCUCAGCGUGUGUGUCGGCGUACGACGCCGACGCUGCGCUCGUCAAGGAUGCUGAACAAGAUGCGUCGGACGCGCGUUCCAGAGCCCACGGCGACGCCUUCCAGCGCUUAGAAACGGCGCUCCAGCGCCAAUCGGUCGCGAGGAACGCUUUAGCGGAAGUUACUAAAUCAGGAGACGCCUUACACGCCAAAAGGGCGCGUUUGGUGGAUCGCUCGGAAGCUGCUGUUCGCAAGCUCCAACAGGUAGGCGCGUUACCCCAAAGGGAGGUCGCGACCUUCCGGGACCUGCCCGAAGAUCGACUGGUGGAGCUCCUCGCGACGUGCCACGCCGACAGAGCCAAGUUCUCGAAAGUGAACAAAAAAGCUCUCGACCAGUUCGUGGCCUUCGCGGACCAGCGGUCCGGACUGUUGGAUCGCGCUAGAGAAUUAGAUGAAGGCGCCAAGGCCAUCCUGUCGCUGCUAUCGAAUCUGGACGCCAAAAAAGAUGAAGCGAUCGAGAGGACGUUCCGGGGCGUCUCGAAGCACUUUAGCGACGUGUUCUCGGAGCUCGCGCCCGGUGGGUCGGCCGAAAUGGUCAUGGUGCGAAGAUCUGUACCGGAAGCGUCUUCUCAGUCGUCAGCAUCGACCGGCGCCGGCGGAGCGUUCCGGGGCGUGAAGAUUCAAGUGAGAUUCCCCGGGAGUGGUGAUGACAUAACGGAGAUGAACCAGCUGAGCGGCGGGCAGAAGGCGCUCGUGGCGCUCGCGCAGAUCUUCGCGAUCCAGCGCUGCGAUCCGGCGCCCUUCUACUUGUUCGAUGAGAUCGAUGCUGCUCUCGACGCUACUCACAGAACGGCCGUCGCGUCGCUCAUCAAGAAGCAAGCUCAUUCCUCAGAAAAUCAAGCGCAGUUCAUCACGACGACGUUCCGGCCGGAGUUCGUUUCGGUCGCGGACGCGCACUUCGGCAUCUCGCUGCAGCACAAAACCUCCAGACUGCACAAGAUCAGUAAGGACGACGCGACGGCGUUCGUGACGGAGAACGCUACGAAUGAGCAGCCCUGAUUUCAAGGUGGCGCGCACAAGAAGACCAAGCAAGACGCGCCCCUUAGGCCCCUGCAUAAGGCGGGGCUUUCGUAUUCGUAGCAUAAGCUUCCCCGUGCCGUUGACGGUACGGGGCACACUGGCCUAGUGAGACACUACAGGUACAUUA